GAAAAUUUUGAAUGAUGAAUUAAAAAUAUUUUCCAAUUUAAUUAAUAAUUCUGAGCAGUUUCUUAAAAUAAUGAGAACCGGAGAACUAAUUCUCGUAAAUGCAAUUAAAUUAUUUUCUUGAUCGAUUGUUAUAAAGUCAAACAAAUCACUCAAUUAUACUCAAAUUUUCUAUUAUUGUUAUUUGUAAACUGCCCAUACGGUACCUAUUUGUUUAUUUUUAUAUUUGGUAGUAUUAUAAGAUAGAAAUGGCAGAAACUCUAACUGUAGAAGUGAUGUUUGGGGGCGGAGCGGAAUUGCUCUUUAAUAAAGUAAAGAGGAAAGAAAUUGCACUGCCGCCGUUGAAGACAUUUUUACCGGAUUCUCAAAAUCAGAAUUGGACGUUAAAAGAGCUGUUGAUUUGGUUAAAAGACAACCUGCUGGUGGAAAGAGAAGAGUUGUUCUUGAAGGAUGAUUCUGUCCGACCUGGUAUACUCGUGUUGAUCAAUGAAGAAGACUGGGAGCUCCACGGACAGUUAAAUUAUGAACUCAAAGAAAAUGAUAAAAUCAUGUUCAUAUCGACGUUGCAUGGCGGUUAAAUUUGAUAACAUAAUGAAUUAAUUAAAACUAUUUUUACUGUUUA